CUGCUUGGUCUCCCUACACUCAGGACUCCUGUAUCUCUUCUGGAAAAAGCUCAGAACACAUUCAUUCCCUCGGAUUUGAGGGGGGAAAAAACACAGAUAAGAUGCUGAGAGCAGGACUAAAAUCAGAAUUCAGAAGAACGUUUAUUGAAUGCAGUCUGCUUAUCAAAUCCAUCGCCUUUUUAAAAAUAUUUCUUCCAGUGGAUGACUUUGGUUACCUCUCCUCUCUCGUGUGCAUUUGCAUAGCCCGUUUAAUAAAGCUCUUGAACAAUAAUAAGAAUUCGUCUUGUACCUACUUGGAGUCCCAUCUCCCUGAUCUUUCGGGAUGCUGGAGGAGGGAUACCUGUGGGGGCAGCGCGAAGCCAGCCCAGCGCAGAGCUUGGCAGUGCCCAAGCUCCACACUUUCUUAGGCAGAUGGUUAAGUUCCCCCAGGUUCGUGCCAGGUUUCAACAUCAUGCUGUGAUUUUGUCCUUCUGGAACAGGAUAAGUGUUGCUUCCCAGAGUGGCCUUAUUCGAACAGAAAGAAAACCCUCUAAAUAGGCGGAACAAGGCAUCAGGAGAGAAAGUUCUCUAAAUGCACUUUAAUAUGAGCCGGGUAUUGUGUGGAAUUCAGCGCCCAUCACCGUUUAGCUGGAGAGUUAUGGCAGUGAUUGGGGAUGAAUAGAGGAACAUAAUGGAUACAUGUGGCGUUUGCUCAUUAUAUUCAAGUUAGCCCAACUCCACUGUGGAAACUGUUCAACUUUCUCUCCCCUUAGCUUGUCACUGUGAAAUAAUACAGACAUUGGGGCCUCCAAUGGGAUCGCCUGCCACGCCAUUCUAUUUCCACUGCUAACGAGGGCUUCAUAAGCCUUUGAUACAGUCUGAUCUUUGAAACCUUUCCAAAUCUCCUCAAGCUUAUGCUAAAUCCUAUUUGGAACUUUUUUUUCCUUGCCUGCUAGCGCCCGGCGCUUAAGAAAGCCAUUUGGACAGUGACAUGCAUACUAACGCAUCGCAGCGCUCUUUUCUGAAAGGGAAGUGGCAACUCUGAUCACCGGGGCUCACACGAGCAAAACACAAUUGCGCACACAAAUUUGAAUACAAUUAAUUUUCCCUUCUCCUUUGGGCUCCUUAAUCGAGAGGCUGUUCCGAGGGCGCCGUGGGAAGCUGAAAGAAGGCGAGCAGAGCCUCACCGGGAAGAGCAAGAAUGUGGAGAGGGGAGCUUGCGAGAGCUUGGAAGCCUCCGAGGUGCAAAAUGCAGAAGGGUGGAGGGGCGGGGGUGGGGUGGGGUCCUGAGCCACGGGGGCCAAAUCCCAGCGUGUUUGCUCUUAGAUCAAGCAGCCGUCACAGGAGGGGCACAAUAAACAAAACCUGUGCCAACUCCUCUACAUACAAGGCGCUGACAGGGAAGGGAAAAAAAGCAAAAGGAGUUAAAGAAACAAAGGAAAGAUUCUCUAAUUUUCCUUUCUUGUUUUCCCCUCUAAGCCUUUCCACAUUAAAGGGAUUGUCAGAGGCUGGCGUAGGAGCGGCGCGAGGGCGAGGUCUCCAUUGGCUGCCUGGCUCGGGUGAUUUGCAUAUCAACGGCUAUAAAAGCGGAGGCGGCGCGCAGCGGCGCAACGCCAAAGAGGAGACAGGAGAGAGAGGUGCAGAGUGAAGGCGGGUCCGCGCGUCCUCAGAGCCAGCCUGAGCCGCGGAGCUGCAGCCAGCAGAAUUCUCCCGCACAGGGUUCGCAAAGAGCGUGCUCCGAAGAGCCUGGGACUCACGCCCGGACCUGCAGAUCCGAAAGGAAUCUCUUCGUCAGCCUUUUGGAAUAGCGCUUGGAGCUGGCGGCAUGAGUCCAGUGAGGCGCAGGGGCAGCCCCUGCCUUUUCCCGUUGCAGCUCUUCAGCCUCUGCUGGGUGCUGUCAGUGGCCCAGAGCAAGACAGUGCGAUACAGCACCUUCGAGGAGGAUGCUCCCGGCACAGUCAUCGGGACCCUAGCUGAGGACCUGCAUAUGAAAGUGUCCGGAGACACAAGCUUCCGCCUGAUGAAGCAGUUCAACAGCUCGCUGCUCCGGGUGCGCGAGGGCGACGGGCAGCUGACCGUCGGGGACGCGGGCCUGGACCGAGAGCGGCUGUGCGGGCAGGCCCCGCAGUGCGUGCUGGCCUUCGACGUGGUCAGCUUCUCGCAGGAGCAGUUCCGGCUGGUGCACGUGGAGGUGGAGGUGAGGGACGUCAACGACCACGCGCCGCGCUUCCCCCGAGCCCAGAUCCCUGUGGAGGUGUCCGAGGGCGCGGCCGUAGGCACGCGCAUCCCCCUGGAGGUGCCGGUGGAUGAGGACGUGGGCGCCAACGGUCUGCAGAGUGUGCGCCUGGCCGAGCCGCACAGCCCCUUUCGCGUGGAGCUGCAGACGCGCGCGGACGGCGCCCAGUGCGCCGACCUGGUGCUGCUGCAGGAGCUGGACCGCGAGAGCCAGGCCGCCUACAGCCUGGAGCUGGUGGCCCAGGACGGCGGCCGCCCGCCGCGCUCUGCCACAGCCGCCCUCAGCGUGCGCGUGCUUGACGCCAACGACCACAGCCCGGCCUUCCCCCAGGGCGCGGUGGCCGAGGUGGAGCUGGCGGAGGACGCGCCCGUGGGCUCGCUGCUGCUCGACCUGGACGCGGCGGACCCGGACGAGGGCCCCAAUGGCGACGUGGUGUUCUCCUUCGGCGCCCGCACCCCGCCGGAGGCGCGCCGCCUCUUCCGUCUCGACCCGCGCUCGUGCCGCCUCACCCUGGCCGGAGCCGUGGACUACGAGCGCCAGGACACCUACGAGCUGGACGUGCGGGCGCAGGACCGCGGCCCCGGGCCCCACGCCGCCACCUGCAAGGUCAUCGUGCGCGUCCGAGACGUCAACGACAACGCGCCCGACAUCGCCAUCACCCCGCUGGCUGCCCCGGGCGCGCCCGCCGCCUCGCCCUUCGCCGCCGCCGCUCUCGGCGGGGCGGACGCGACCUCGUCGACCGGCCCCGGGACGCCGGAGGCCGGUGCCAUGUCGCUGGUGCCCGAGGGCGCGGCGCGUGAGAGCUUGGUGGCGCUCGUCAGCACCUCGGACAGGGACUCGGGCGCCAACGGGCAGGUGCGCUGCGCCCUCUACGGGCACGAGCACUUCCGCCUGCAGCCGGCCUACGCCGGCAGCUACCUGGUGGUGACCGCCGCCUCCUUGGACCGCGAGCGCAUCGCCGAGUACAACCUGACUCUGGUGGCGGAGGACCGCGGCGCGCCCCCGCUGCGCACGGUGCGGCCGUACACGGUGCGCGUGGGCGACGAGAACGACAACGCGCCGCUCUUCACGCGGCCGGUCUACGAGGUGUCGGUGCGAGAGAACAACCCGCCCGGCGCCUACCUGGCCACGGUGGCCGCCCGGGACCCGGACCUGGGCCGAAACGGCCAGGUCACCUACCGGCUGCUGGAGGCCGAGGUGGGCCGCGCCGGGGGCGCCGUGUCCACCUACGUCUCGGUGGACCCGGCUACCGGGGCCAUUUACGCGCUGCGCAGCUUCGACUACGAGACGCUUCGCCAGCUGGACGUGCGCAUCCAGGCGAGCGACGGCGGCUCCCCUCAGCUCUCCAGCAGCGCCCUCGUGCAAGUGCGAGUGCUGGACCAGAACGACCACGCACCGGUCCUGGUGCACCCGGCGCCGGCCAACGGCUCCCUGGAAGUGGCAGUUCCCGGGCGCACCGCGAGGGACACAGCCGUGGCGCGCGUGCAGGCCCGGGACGCGGACGAAGGCGCCAACGGGGAGCUGGCGUUCGACCUCCUGCAGCAGGAGCCGCGGGAAGCCUUCGCCGUAGGCCGCCGCACGGGGGAGAUCGUGCUCACGGGCGACCUCUCGCAGGAGCCGCCCGGCCGGGUGUUCCGGGCGCUGCUGGUCGUAUCCGACGGCGGCCGGCCCCCGCUCUCCACCACCGCCACCGUCAGCUUCGUGGUGACCGCAGGCGGCGGGCGCGGGCGUGCCGGGAGCCCGGAGCACUCGCGCCCGCCCGGCUCGCGGCUCGCGGCGUCGGGGCCCGCGCUACAGUGGGACACGCCUCUGAUCGUCAUCAUCGUGCUGGCCGGGAGCUGCACGCUGCUUCUGGCCGCCAUCAUCGCCAUCGCCACCACCUGCAAUCGCCGCAAGAAGGAGGUGCGCAAAGGGGGGCCCCGCCGGGAAGAACGGCCCGGGGCGGCGGGCGGCGGCGCCUCGGCUCCUGGCUCCCCGGAGGAGGCCGCCCGGGGAGCCGGGCCCAAGCCCAACAUGUUCGACGUCCUCACCUUCCCUGGCAGCGGCAAAGCGCCUUUUGGCAGCCCCGCGGCCGAUGCGCCCCCGCCCGCGGUCGCGGCGGCCGAAGUGCCGGGCUCGGAGGGCGGCAGCGCCACGGGGGAGAGCUCCUGUCACUUCGAGGGGCAGCAGCGGCUCCGCGGCGCGCACGCCGAGCCCUACGGUGCCUCUCCCGGCUUCAGAAAGGAGCCUGCGCCUCCUGUGGCCGUGUGGAAAGGACACUCUUUCAACACCAUCUCCGGACGAGAAGCGGAGAAGUUCAGCGGCAAAGAUAGUGGCAAAGGGGACAGUGAUUUCAACGACAGCGAUUCCGACAUCAGCGGGGACGCUCUGAAAAAGGAUCUCAUCAACCACAUGCAGAGCGGACUGUGGGCGUGCACUGCUGAGUGUAAGAUCCUGGGCCACUCUGACCGCUGCUGGAGCCCGUCAUGUGGAGGGCCCAACACGCACCCCUCGCCUCACCCGCCCGCCCAGAUGUCUACCUUCUGUAAGAGCACAUCACUGCCCCGCGACCCUCUGCGCAGGGACAAUUUCUACCAGGCCCAGCUGCCCAAGACAGUGGGGCUGCAGAGCGUCUACGAGAAAGUGCUGCACAGGGACUAUGACAGGACAGUCACUCUGCUCUCCCCUCCUCGUCCAGGGAGGCUCCCAGACUUGCAGGAGAUCGGGGUCCCCCUCUAUCAGUCCUCCCCUGGCAGGUACCUGUCCCCAAAGAAGGAAGCCAAUGAAAAUGUGUAACCCUACGCUGCAUGCCUUCACACAUACACAGGUCACUCUGAGAAGCCCCUAAGUUAUUGACCGUUUUCAGUGUUGUAUAUAUAAAUAUGCAAGAUGUGCCUUAAAAUGAAGUUGUUGGAAGCUAUUUCCAAUCACAUUGGUACUGUUUGGUAUUUGCAAACAAAAAUGUAGUUAAUGUAAUUUUUAUGAAAUGUGUGCCGUAUUUCCUUUCUCUUAUCAUGCUAUUGACUUUAAUUUCACUUGCAGCUUGCCAUUUUCUUAGUGUUUUUAACCUGUACAUUGUGUAAUGUAAUGUUUGUAUAUAAUGAAAUUUUGUUAUAUUUUUAUAUAAUAAAAGCUAAAGUGGAAGUUAUUGCCAAAGGAAAUGUCUAUAAGACAAAAAAAAAUGUGUUGGAAUUACUUAAUGGAAAUUUAUCUUUUACCUGAAACAACCUUGUGUUUGAGAAGUUUUGCCUUGCCAAGUAUAACUUGUAUAUCUUGAGUCUGUGGUAGAUUUCAAGUUCAAUGUUAUUUAAUUACAUUUGGUUUUCUGUAAACCGUGUCACUUAUAAGCACAGUAAUAAAGGAUUUGUCAUGUG